UCAAAUAAUCAUUAUUUGAUUAUCCAUACAUCAAUAUUAGUAAGGCCAGAUAUGGAGAUAUCAAUGUUUGUAACAUAAGAAGCGAUCUGAGCAUCGUAUAUAAAGCGCACAGGUCGCCGUUAAAUCGUCCCAGAGUCAUCAGUACCACACGAGCAUCUCGAGAUACACGAUCGUGCAAUUUCUUCAUUGAAUACCCAGUCAAGGGCAACGCAAUAAUGAGGCUUAACAGUAUCAUACCGAACUUUAAGGCCGAUACCACGCAAGGUCCCAUUGAUUUUUAUGAAUGGCAGGGCAACUCAUGGGUAGUUAUCUUCUCCCAUCCUGCAGAUUUCACUCCUGUGUGCACUACUGAAUUGGGUCGUAUUGCCGUACAUCAGCCAUUCUUUGAGAAACGCAAUACCAAGCUGCUUGCUCAUUCAGUUGACAAGCUCAAGGACCACGUGGACUGGGUCAAUGAUAUUAAGUCAUACUGCAAAGACAUUCCCGGCGCUUUCCCAUAUCCCAUCAUCGCCGAUCAUAAUCGUAAGCUUGCCGUGCAACUGGAUAUGAUCGAUGAGCAGAGCAAAGAUGAUCCGCAAACCGCUGAGACUGUUCGCGCUCUGUACAUUGUUAGUCCAGAUCAUCGUCUGCGACUCUCCAUGCAAUAUCCGACCUCCACUGGACGCAACGUCGACGAGAUAUUGCGUGUGAUUGAUUCGUUGCAGCUCGUUGAUAGACGACCAGAAGUAGCAACUCCCGCCAACUGGGUGCCUGGUGAGAAGGUAAUGAUUCUGCCGUCGGUGAAGGAAGAGGAUCUUCCAAAUCUCUUCCCAGGAGGUGUCGAUCGUGUGUCUAUGCCGUCUGGAAAAGUCUACGUCCGCACUACCACUGAUUAUUAAUCGAGAAUGAGGUUUUUUUAUACAUAUAAAUAUUUCUCAUUUGCUUCUGAUUUUUUUACCUAAAUAGUAGUUGAUUUAAUCGCCUUAAAGCGAAUUUAUAGAUUUGAAGCAGAUUAUAUUUUUCUAAUGAAGAUUACAUUCUACUUUAAUCUAACUUUUUUUUAAAAAUAUAUCUUAAAAAGUUCUAUUCUCAAAUUUUCAUUUUUUAAGAUCGUUGAUUUAGAGUACUCGGCUACCUCUUGAAUUUCUCAGAUAUCUUAUUUUAAAUUUUGUUAUCUAUUCAUUUGUUAUUUAUAUAUGUGUAAAAGUAUUACAAAUUGCUGUUAAAAUUUAUUAAUUAUUUUUUCUAACAUCACUGAUCUUAUAAUUAAUAUCAAAUUAUUUAAGUUGUUGAAAUAAAUAGAUAUUAAUAUAUUUGAGAUACUUACCACAUUUUCUGGAAGUUUGUGCCCAGGCAAAUAUUUAACGUUUUCGUGAAGAGUAUUGAUUAUGUCUGUCAGUUUCUCAUUAUUAAUAAUUUCCUCAUA